ACUGCCCCCCUGUAGGUCCGCCCCUGGAAUGAUUGCUUUCAAAGCUACAGUUCUUAUCUAUUUUUUUUCAGAGUAACCAACAAAAAAAUAACCAACUUUCUGACCAUUUUGCUGUUAUUUUAUGAUCAACAAUCUGUUUUGCGAAAUCAUGUUUCAAGUAGGCCUAGUUUAAGUAUUUGGCGACACUCGGGUUAAACUUUAACUCUCCCUGAGCUCGAGGACAGGAGGCGGAAGAGGUGUGUUUUCUCCACUAAAAACACGACACACACAACAAAGCGAGGUUGCCUUAAAUGGCGAAAACCCACAAAGAGCAGCAGACCUCAGGAGAUUAGCAGGAAAAGUAAAGGUAGGGAAUAAUGAAAGGGGAAGAGCACAAAUAAAACUCGAGUGACUUUUUGUGUCUGCGGGACCGUGAACGCACCUCCGCCUGAAUGCUGUUGAGGAAACUUCUGCAGUUAAAAGACGGGAACAGCGACAAAAAACGCGUUUACAACCAGAAACAAAUGACACAAAUGACCUCUGUUUGAUAAAACUACAUGCAAUCAAACCUCAUCUGUUAAGAUUUAGCAGGAUGGGGAACAGCAGCAGCGACAGGUCCGGGAGUCAGGGUGAGAGGUCAGACAGGGAGCAGGGAGGCAAGGAGGCCCGUCCCAACAUCCUGAUGGACAGCUCAGAGGACGCAGACCUGUUCCAGAGAGAAGAUACAAAGGCUCCAGAGGAAAUCCAGGAGUUUCUGGCCUGGCAGCACGACCUGGAGAGCGACAGCAAGAGUCCAAAGCAGGCCAGACCGACUGUGUUCAGGUGGACGGGGACCGCCAAGGAGGUCUUUGUGUCGGGAUCCUUCAACAACUGGGCCACCAAGAUCCCUCUCAACAAGAGUCAAAAAAACUUUGUGGCUAUUGUGGAUCUACCGGAGGGAGAGCACCAGUACAAGUUCUCUGUAGACGGGCAGUGGACCCUGGACCCUACUGGGGCCGUGACGACGUCUAAAACUGGCACAGUGAAUAAUGUCAUCCAGGUGAAGACGACUGACUUUGAAGUCUUUGACGCCCUCAGGAUCGACUCAGAGGACACUGAAGAUAUCUCAGACUUGUCCAGUUCUCCUCCUGGCCCGUACCUACAGGAAGCGUAUGUGAUAAAGCCCGAAGACAAGAUCAAACAUCCUCCCAUCUUACCCCCCCACCUGCUGCAGGUGCUGCUCAACAAGGACACAAGCAUCUCUUGUGACCCGACGCUGCUUCCAGAGCCAAACCACGUGAUGCUCAAUCACCUGUAUGCCCUCUCCAUCAAGGACGGGGUGAUGGUCCUCAGUGCAACGCACCGAUACAAGAAGAAGUAUGUGACCACUCUUCUUUACAAGCCCAUAUAACCCACAGAGCCGUGAUCCAGACUCUUAUUUUGAAAUGCUCAUAAUUCAUCUGUUGUUGUUCACAGCUGCUGCUUUGAUUAUUGUAUUUUUUAAAUACCUUCCUGAUAUCGAUUUAAAACAUUUGCUUAAUCUACUUUUACCAUCCUGUACUCUCAAAUUUGGAAAAUACUUUAAAGUUGAACUUGCUGCUGAAUGUUUGUCAAUGUAUGAUCUAGCAGUAACAACCUACAGCUUCCUUUCUUAUGAAGACCAAAGUAUCGCUAUAAACCAACAUCUCCAAAAGACAAUAGAGCAGCAGGUGGAUGUUCUCUUAUAGAUAUUAUAUAUAUUUUCAUUCUUACCUCAAUUGACCUAGAUAUGUCAAUAGAUUUGUAGUUGAUAAAGAGACCAAACACUUAAUGCAUAAGUGGAAAACUGAAGUGUUAGUGUGCUUUACAAAUUAAACUCACCUGGAAUUGUUAAAUAAAACUGUGACUGUAGAAAUGGAAACGCUAACGAUGCGAUAAGCACAGCUGCAACAUCUGUUACAACAUACGAGUACAAACAGACACGAGGAAAUAAAGGGGUUGACGUUCCCACACUGAGAAUCUCA